AUGUAACGCCGUCAUGUGACCGGAUCAUCACAAACCUACUGACUGACUGACUCCAACCAGUAGAAAAUAAGCCACCAAGUUAAACCAUGGUUAAAAGCCGGACUCGAUUUCCCCGAAAGUAAAAUUGACUUGCGCUCACAGGGGAAGGGGCGAGUUUUUACGGAAGCUAUUAUGGCUCAAGCUGUUGGGAAAAAAUUGACAGGGCUUGUUGCGGCUACAUUCACUCCAUUCACCUCGCAAGGUGAAGUCAACCUAUCAGAGAUUGGACCUUAUAUUGACUACUUGACAGAGAAGCAAGGUGUAAAUAGCAUAUUUGUAAAUGGCACCACAGGAGAGGGCAUGUCUCUCAGCGUUGCAGAGAGGAAGUUACUGGCGGAGGACUGGUGUCGGAAAGCCAAGGGCAAAAUGGAGCAGGUGAUCGUGCACGUCGGCUGCACGAGUCUCAAAGAUUCCCAAGAACUGGCUCGCCAUGCAGUAGAGAUCAGUGCGGAUGGGAUCGCUGUCAUUGCUCCCUCCUUCUUCAAACCACGCUCUGCAGAGGCACUGAGGACGUACCUCCAGGCAGUGGCUUCAGUCGCCCCCACUGUGCCCUUCUAUUAUUACCAUAUUCCAGCUCUUACUGGUGUUACUGUACCUGCGAGAGACUUACUGGAAGGAAUCGAAACACUCAUCCCCUCCUUCAGGGGUGUGAAGUUCUCAGGAAGUGACCUGAUGGACUUUGGCCAGUGCAUCAGCCACAUUCAGCCCCACUGGUCAAUCCUGUACGGCGUGGAUGAGCAACUGCUGGCAGCCCUCGUGUUGGGUGCCCACGGAGCAGUCGGCAGCACGUACAACUAUCUGGGAAGUCACAUGAACAAGCUGGUGUCUGAGUUUGACAAUGGAAACCUUGCACAAGCAAGGAACAUUCAGUUCAAGAUGCAAGAGCUCAUCAGCUUUGCCAUAAAAGUUGGAUUCGAUGUGGGCGUGAACAAGCAGCUGAUGAUGGAGGUAUCCGGCCUGCACCUCGGCCCCCCUCGUCUCCCUGUGAUGCCGUGCACUAAAGAACACGCUCUGUCCAUCAAGCAGAAGUAUCAGCACCUCUUCCCUGUACACCCAUAGGGGCCUACCUUUCGUUAAGCAUUUAUGUACUGUAUCUGUGUAUUAUCCCUUCAAAGAAACCCAUUGUUUAAAAGGACACAAAUUAGGAACAUGUGUAAUUUUCCAACUGAAUGUAUACAAGGCUAGUAAUUCACUUACACUCCUUUGGGGGCUAAUAAAGGGCUUUCUUAACCUUUC